ACCCUCCGCUUUAUUUAAGACCCAAGGAGGGGGCGUCGUAGGAGCACAGAUUGAGUGGGAUAGAGGGAUGGGUUCUUCUUGGGGUCUUCUCUUCCUUGGUUUCCUCUCCUUGACAGCAGUGGCACUUGGGGAGGAUGAGGUGGGGGCAAAGCACUCCGGCCUUGUGAUGGACUUCUACAAGGAGUCAUGCCCGCAGGCAGAGGAGAUCAUAAGGGAGCAAGUCAAGCUGCUCUACAAGCGCCACAAGAACACGGCCUUCUCCUGGCUUAGGAACAUCUUCCAUGACUGUGCUGUCCAGUCUUGUGAUGCCUCACUGCUGCUGGACUCUACAAGGAGGAGCCUUUCUGAGAAGGAGAUGGAUAGGAGCUUUGGUAUGAGGAACUUCAGGUACCUUGACACCAUCAAGGAGGCUGUGGAGAGGGAGUGCCCUGGGGUGGUCUCUUGUGCUGAUAUCUUGGUCCUCUCUGCCAGGGAUGGCAUUGUUGCACUUGGGGGGCCAUACAUUCCUCUCAAGACAGGGAGAAAGGAUGGGAGGAGAAGCAGAGCUGAUCUACUCGAACAAUACCUUCCUGAUCACAAUGAGAGCAUCUCUUCAGUCCUGGACAAGUUUAGUGCCAUUGGCAUUGACACUCCCGGCGUUGUCGCCCUCCUUGGAUCCCAUAGCGUGGGACGCACCCACUGUGUGAAGCUGGUGCACCGGCUCUACCCGGACGUGGACCCGGAUCUGAACCCUGACCACGUCCCUCACAUGCUGAAGAAGUGCCCGGAUCCGAUCCCUGACCCCAAGGCCGUGCAAUACGUGCGCAAUGACCGUGGCACGCCGAUGAAGCUGGACAACAACUACUACCGCAAUAUCCUCGACAACAAGGGCCUUCUCCAGGUCGACCACCAACUAGCCUACGACAAGAGGACCCGGCCGUUUGUGAAGAAGAUGGCCAAGAGCCAGGACUACUUCUUCAAGGAGUUCUCCAGGGCCAUCGCCGUCCUGUCGGAGAACAACCCGCUCACCGGAGACCAGGGCGAGAUCAGGAAGCAGUGCAAUGCUGUCAACAAGCUCCAUUAGAUGGAUAAGCCCAGCCAGUUCCCCAUGGAAGUUAAUUUGGGAGAUGGGAGGGAAAAUAAGUUGGUGUUGCUUUGAUGUGUUCUAAUUGGCUAUAAGUAGUAGAGUUGGGGGGUCAGUUUGGAGGAUGGAUGUACGCAAAGGAUGGUGGUGAUGGUGUAAUGGUGAAUGCAUGGAUGUGUAAUAAUUUCAUUUCAUCGUGGUGCACCUUCAUGGUUUAUAUUUGA